GUCAGCUGCGUGUUCCAACCAUACCUGCAUGUUUUGUGUUGACGCGGUUCUUCAAAACACACGUUGCGAUAAUCUACCGAUAGGUGCAAGAUAAAAUUAAGUGGAUACAUUUUUUCUGACCCGGCGUUUUCCAAUUUUGGAUAUAAACAUGGAUUAAAAUACACGGAAUGAUACAGAUUUUUAGACAAGGUUCCCGAUAGCCAAAGGUGAAGAUGGAACAUCGGGAUCGUCUGAACCGUCUGAGCGAGAGCGGAGGGGUGGGCGUGCCACUGGAGGAUUACUGGAAGGAGUUCAACAGCUUCGAUGAAGGAGGGCAGGGGGAGGAGGACGAAGAGGACAUUUCCAAGACCCCCGACGAAGGGGAAGCCGAGGAAGAAUGGCUGCGCGAAGCCGGUUUCGAAAAUCUCGUCGAUUCAGAAAUGACGGAGCAGGACGAGGCGGAGUUUUACGAGGAUCUCCUUGCAACUCUGACCGCUAGACAGAUAGCCGUGGUCAAGAAGCGCCUGGACACUGUCCAAAUGUCCAAGAAACGACGGGUGCCCCGCAGUCGUCAGAGGGCAGACGUCAGGGAGCUCUUCAAUAACGCCUCCACGUCCCCUCCUGAAUCUCUGUCUACACUCCAUUCGGAACCCCUGGGAAUCAGGAUGAGUGUGGAGAGCUCCAACCUGUCGAGCAGUGCCCCUGUUGGGGAGCGCUGGACGCGGAAACCCACCAUACCCCAGCAGAAGAAUGACGAAUCCCCUUCCUCCCAGCAAUCCUCCAAACUGAACACCAGGGCGCUUCCGCCCUUGACCUUCCUCAGGACGGGGCACACUGGAGGCUUCAGUCUCAGAGACAGAACCAGGGGAAUUGACUGCGAGAGCCCCACCAGUGUGGAAGUAUUGAAAUAUGAAAGUCGAAAAUCUACAAUACAAGAUAAGGACACGGGCAGUAUGGGGAGCUUGAGCAGCGUCAGUACAGAACCAUUUUCACUGGAACCUGGAUUCCAGGAAAUAUCUAACAGAAUGAAUUCAGUGAGCGACCUGGUGGACAUUGAUAAAGACUUGGCCGCCUUGCAGAGAAAUUCCAAUGUAGAGAUAGGAGAUUUGGGCGAGAACGAUCGCAAUCUGGUGCGCUCUCUCGCCAUCAUCGAGGUUGCUGCUCUCUUGGAUACAUAUGGAUUGGUUCCCACACGAAGACGGAAACCCAAUAGGAAGAAAGGAAAAGAUAGUGUCGUCUUUGGCGCGUCUUUGAGUAGCUUACUUGAGCUAGACCGAAGACGGUGUCCUGGUUUAAAAGUUCCUCUUAUUUUCCAAUGGAUUCUUCAUCAUCUCCAUAGCAACGGCUUGCGAGAAGAAGGUUUAAUGCGACUUGCUGGUUCAGUACAAAAAGUGCAGAUUUUGAAAGCUGAAAUAGAGAAAAACUAUGUAACAUCGCCCACAUUGGUCGAAAAUCUUAUUCGGCAAUCGUCUGUUCAUGACGUCAGUGUUCUACUGAAACAACUUGUGCGCCAUCUACCGGAGCCAUUACUCACUAAUAGUCAUAUGGAUUCUUUCCUACAAGUGCCAAAUAUACCCAAUGUUCAAGAUCAAAUAAAUACCUUGAAUUUACUUGUGUUAGCAUUGCCUGAUUCACACAGAGAGCUUUUACAAGAACUUUUGUACUUCUUAACUAAAGUGGUGGAAGAAGAAGAGACCAAUCGUAUGUCGAUCGGAAAUGUUGCAAUGAUAAUUGCGCCAAACCUCUUUCCGCCGCCAAGACUUAAAAAAGGCAACCAAAAACAAAAUGAUAUAGCAGCCGAAGUAACCGUGGCAGCUAUGUCCUCCAAAGUUACACAACUGCUCAUCAAAUAUGGGAAUUUCCUAGGCUCUGUGCCUCCAGAAUUGCUAGCUCAAGCUAGACUUCAGAACAGGCGAUCAUCCAAUAAACAUGCGAAAAAAAUGGGUAGAAAACACAAGCAAAAAAAUACAAAAGAUGAUUUUUUACACAAUGGUAAUUCAGUGAUCCGAGUGCAGAUGUCAUCACUACGUCAUCCUAACAGCAUCGCAGUUCCAGUUACAGAUAAGACCACCGCAGGGGAGGUAGUGGAGAGGGUAGCCGAAGCCCUGGACCAAUUGAUAGAUCCCAGACAUCACACCUUUGUAUCAACUGACCAACAGGAGAACAGAGCAUUCCUCCAGAGACCUAGGACAACUUCGGAGCCUAUCGUAAUGCGCCAUCGCUGUCUGAUUGGUACAAAGAAAUCAGCUGACACACUCAAAGAUCAUUACCUGUAUUUCAUUCGAGAAAAUGUCGGUGAACGUCGCUUAGACCACAAUAUUAGCAUACAGAACAUUACUGGUUCCGGUUCUGGACGGUUCGCAUCCGGUACUACCUGGGAAAUACGAUGCCAUCACUAAACGUGACAAAAAAGUGGAAAAACAAUUUGACAGAGAAGAGAAACAAUUUCACUAGUGCAAUUCUGAGAAGUUUUGUCUGUGACUUUAAACAGAUGCUAAUUAUUGAAGAAGCAGACAAACUAUAUGAACACUAAAAUCCUCCGUUACAUACAAGUCAAUAUAUAUUUAUGUAACUUUGUAUUUUAAGACUGUAGAAUACACGGGCUAACGCUUAUGCAUAUUUUUGCAACAAAAGACUACAGGAUUUGAAGAAGUAUUUCUUUUUGAACCUAUUAUUAUCAAUACUGCCUGAAAGUAAACAUUAUUUAAACUCGAUUCACUUCAAAAUUUGAAGUGACUACAUCUGCUUUUGAGCCAAUGGGCAUGCUGAGAAAUGUCGUUGAUGCUUGUGACUUAUCAAUAAUCAUUGUUACUCCAGAUGACAGACUUGCAAUCAAUCGCAUUGUUUGUGAUGCUUGCAAUCAAUCGCAAUGUGAACUAUUAUUUUUUUUUCAAAUAUGAUUAAGCUCAUGUUUUCUCAAACUAUUUACAUUCCUUUUAUGCUAUGAAAGUAGACUCAUUGAUUGUUAAAUACCAAAUGAAUAUUUUUUUGUAGAUUUCUACGGCAAGAGAUUGUAUAUUUUGGAAUAAUUUAAAUGCAUUUCAUCAGUCAUGAAAUGAUAUUAAACAAAAGGAAAGGGCAUACAUUUUUCAAGUAUUUGAGAUUUAUGAAUGAUUUUGAUGAGAAAAAUAUGAAGCUUUAGUCAUUUGAUUAAAUAUUAAUUUAUAACAAUGGAUUGUGAUCCUAACCUCAUAUACAUGAAACUUGAGGAUUCAUGAAAAACUGUGCUGUUGUCUUUUUUGUAUAAUUUUAUUAGAAUCUAUUGAUAAAAAGGUAAUAUACGAAACAUUUUUUCUUUUGAGAUUUUUUCCUAUAAAAAUAAAAUAUAUUAUAUCAAACUUAUUUUUAUCCAUAGUACUUUUUAUUCUUAUUUGUCUGUUCUAAAAUUAAAUUUGUGGUUUAAAAAUGUUUUUUUGUUAAAAAUCAUUUAUUAUAGAAAAACAUUUCUAGAAACCUUGUUACAAAACUAUAAAUUAAUGAAAUUUAAUCAUUUGUGGCGAAUCAUAAUGCAACCGUAAUUUUGGAAAUAUUUCCGUAUUUAUUACAUGGUUUUGAAAUAAUAUAAGAGAAAAAUUACAAUGAUUAUAAAAUU